AUGGAAGCUACUUUCGUUAUUGUUGGAGGUGGUAUAGCAGGUGUCAGUUGUGCAGAAACAUUAGCAUUUUUUGAACCAGAUAAAUCUAUUAUCCUUCUUAGUGAAUCAUCACUUAUAAAAACUGUCAUCAAUCUUCAUGCUAUUACUAGAACUUUAACACAAUUUAAUAUUCAAGAAAUGGAAUCUUCAGAGUUUUCAUUGAAACAUCCAAACAUCACAGUUAUUCAUGACACCCUUGUUGAAAUUAAUGAUGUUGAGCAUUAUAUUCUGACAUCUACAAAUAAAACCAUAAAAUAUAAAUAUUUAUGUUUGUGUACAGGCGCCCAACCUAAGCUAAUACCACAAGCCGAAUUAUUUGAAGAAAUAAUUGGUAUAAGGGACACAGAUUCUGUUGAAAUAUUUCUUCAAAAAAUCAACAGAGCUAAAAAAGUGGCUAUUGUUGGUAAUGGAGGUAUUGCUUCAGAGUUAGCUUAUAAAAUUAAAAACACUCAAGUUCAUUGGAUUAUCAAAGAUAAACACAUUUCUGCUACUUUUGUUGAACCUGGAGCAGCUGAAUUCUUCUUACCUUCACUUAACAAAGAUGUCCAAGAAGAACAAGUUACCAAAAGAAUGCGGUACCAAGAAGAAUAUUCUCACAGGUCUGGGGCCGCUUUAGGCCCAGAUUGGUAUAAAAAUUUGAUAAUUAAAGGCGCUGGAGAUCUAAACAUUCCCUCAGAAAUUAAAAUACAUUAUGAAACUGAAAUAUCAAAUAUUCAAAGAUCCAAUAACUCUCCUUAUGCUCUAGAAGUUACUUUAUCUAAUGGCGAUAAAUUUACCUGUGAUAUGAUAAUUUCAGCAACUGGUGUCACUGCAAGAAAAUCAUUUGUUUCCAAAAAUGAGCUUGAACUAUCUAAUACAGGAGAAAUAAAAGUGAAUGAGUUUAUGCAGACCAAUCUUCAGAAUGUGUAUGCCGCAGGAGAUGUGUGUUGUGCUAAUUGGAAACUAGCAAAGCAUUGGUUUCAAAUGAAAUUAUGGACACAGGCUAGACAGAUGGGUUCUUAUGCUGCAAAAGCUAUGGUAGGCCACUUGAACAAUGAAGAAGUUUUACAAGAUUUCUGUUUCGAGAUGUUCGCACAUUCUACAAAGCUUUUUGGAUACAAAGUUAUCUUGCUAGGUUUAUUUAAUGGGCAAAAAUUGGGAACAAAUUACGAAAUUCUAAUAAGGAUGACCAAAGGUCUUGAAUAUAUAAAGUUUGUGUUAGAGGACAAUAAGUUACAGGGAGCUGUUUUGAUUGGUGAUACUGAUUUGGAAGAAAUGGCUGAGAAUUUGAUAUUGAAUCAGAUUGAUUUGUCACCAUACGGAGACGACAUUUUGAAUCCUGAUAUUGAUAUUGAGGAUUAUUUCGAUUAGUUUUAAAAACAUUGUAAAAUUAACACCUGUAGUAUCUAAUAAAUAUUUAAAUGAAAA